AUGCCCAAGCAUGUCCCAACAUUCAAACACCUCCUCUCGCGAUCUUUCCUCGCUCCGGAUAACAGGGAGAAGAAGAAAGAACCUUGCUUCAAUGACCUCCUGGCCCAAGCUCGUCGAAAUAGAUCGGAUGUACAGGAGAUAACCCGAGAUCGACCUGGUCAUCUUGUCGACAUCGACUUUGUCUCCCCUAUUCCUAUCGUUCCUGCGAUCUUGGAAGGGGCACCAUUACCAGGCGAGAUCACAAGAACCCAAAUCAUUGAAAGAAACCGUCUUGCACGUCGUACACCCGGACCCGCCGCACCAGCAUGUUGGACACUCCCCUCUAUCUCUCAUCCCUCUUUACCCUCUUCCAAGACCUCUGUACAAUUAUCAAGCCAUCAAAUCCGAUUAUAUUCAUCUUUGAUAUCCCAUCAACCUCCUUCUCGUCCGACCAACGGUACAUCAUCUCUGGUCCAUUAUUGUUUGAUGACAGUUCUAAAGUAUGUCGAAGACGAAACUCCUCUAUACCAGCUCUCUUCCUCGACAUCUGAAAAGAAAACAAUAACAAGAGGAGAGAUUAUACGUUCUCAAAUCUCAUGGAUGGAUACUCAUACGAAGAUCCUUUUGAUGGAUAUUUCCUCUGAAUUAGAAGAAAAACAUCCUUGGAGAUUAAAGGAUAAAACAAUGAAACUUCUUUUACGUCCUCCUAAUCAUACUUCCCUGUCACUUGAUGAUGAACAAAUCAACAUUGUCGACGAGAGAGGAAAGUCAAGUAAUCAACCGAUCAUAUUAGAUAACUCAUGGACUCAAUCUGUAGACACUGGCAUUGGCAUCGGCAUCGAAAAUGAGAGUGAUUUGGAGAAAGAGGAUAGUUGGGAUGAAGAAGAAGAUUCAACUUCAAUAAUCCAUCAUUUACCUCUUACUCUUCAUCCUUCUCCUGAGAAAUUCUUGAAACAAUUAAAUAACUUCCCUUAUUUAUCCCUUAUAUCAUUGAAUUUGACAGGUUCUACCCUUCCUACAAAUUCAGAUUCUUUGGUUGGGGUUUUACCUGCUGUAUUACGUGAAUUAUGUUUGUCGGGAGUGAGGUAUAGAGGUAAAGAAGAUGAUUGGUGGAGGGGGAUAAAAGGGAUGGGUGGGAAAAUGGUUCUUUUGAUUUUAUUAGACUUAUCGUUCCCUCCGUAUCGAAUAACAGAUCAAAUUGCCAAAGAAGUAUUCCAACCGGCUCAUACUCGAUUUCCAUCUCUGAAAGUACUAGGCUUACGGGGUCAUAUCUCUCAAGAGAAUUCGAAACAGGAUGAGAUGAAGGAUAAAACCGAAGAGAAUCGGAUGAGGAGAAGGAAUGUAGAGAAGAGUCUAAGAGGGAAUAGGAAAAGAUGGGUGGAUGUUAUCUGGGAUUGA